GGACGCAGAGGAAAUGUAGCCAAUCAGUGAAAUAGAGCUUGCGAAGGAGAACUCUGAUUAGGCCUCUGGGUAAUGGCGGGCGGAACCCAUGACUAUGUCAGAGGGGCCGAGGAGGGAAUAACAGGACCAGGGAGCAAUGUUCAAAGCUGACCUAAGAUGGCCUCAAUGAAUUUCAGAUGUUUCCAGGCAUCAGUUUCCAGAGUGCAAACAUGCAGACGACUGUUAACCGGAAGCAAAGCCUUGAAUUGCUUUGGUCGGCAAAUUAGCCAGCUCAAGUUAUGCCACUGUGGAACGACCUUGCAAACAAUGUGUUCAGUUAGUGGUUUUCAGUAUAUUGCUUGUAGAAACUCCCAUAUGGAAAUGGGAAAUCAUCCCAGCUCUGUUAUGGGAAUGGUACAACUCCGUGGAGAGGCUGGUAACAAUGUUAAAUCUGAUAGCAAGUGGACAAAUGAAGAGAAGUUUUUUAAUAAGUUGAAUUGUUUGUGUUCAUACAAAGACAUUUUCAAAUUUGUAAGUUCAUUAGAAAGUAUAUCUGACACAAUGGUGGCAGCUGUCUUUCAGCGGCUGUGUGACGUUCAAGUGGAGGACGGCAUACUGAAAAAUCCUGAAGAGGUGAUGGAGGAUGAAGUCUUCAGGACACUUUGCUUCCAGCUGGAACAAGAAUCUCCAAAUGUGUCUGAUUCUGGUCUUGUAAAUUCACUAAAUGCUUUGAUAAAAUUAUGUGUGGAUCCCUGGAGUACCUUGAUGGUUCGCUUGAUGUCAGAGAGCCAGGAACGUCUUGAUAAAGGCCAGAUGACUGUUAGAAAUCUGUGUGUUCUUGGAGAAAGUUUAUUUAAUCUGGAGGGUCCAGGCUGUGUUAUGCUGGAACGUAUUAUGGACCAAAUUCAAAGUACUAACCUGGAGGACUGGAAGUCUGAUGAAAUGACCAUGGUCUAUGGAAUGCUGCAGCUGGUUGUCGUGGAGAGUGGGAAAUACCAAGAUCUAUUGAACAAAAUGAACAAUGCAACUUUAACUCAUGUUUCUCAGUUCAGCCCCAAAAUGACAAGUAGUGUACUGAACGCUCUGGUUGUUCUUGAUCAAACCCAAGCCAUUCCUCUGGUGAUAAAGCUUUGUAAGCAUUCAAUACGACAUAUCCCACAUUUCACAGAUGAUGAGAUAGAAAAUGUGCUGGAGGCCUUCAUUCGUUUUGAACACAAUGACCAGUUCUUCACAGAAGCUCUAGAAAGACAUGUUGCCAAAUGCGCCUUCACCAUGCGUGCCAGUGCAGUCUCCAAAGUGAUGCAGUUCUGCAGCAGGAAGCACAUCCUUUCUAAAAGCAUCUUCAACACAGUGGCAGAAAGUUUUAUUUACAGUGCCGACAACUUUAGCACUGCUCAGAUCGCUGAGCAGGUUGUCCCAUUCGGGAAACUUAACUAUUUGCCACCAUGUGCACCUUCUCUUUUCCGAAAGCUUGAGAAGAUACUCAGCUCUCGAUUUGCUCAGUUUCAGCCUCAUGUGAUCUUGAACCUUCUUCAUUCGUGCAUUCUUGUUGAACGCUAUCCCCUAAAUUUCCUGGCGAAAGUGUUUAGUCCCUAUUUUCUGCACCAGUUGCAAACUGAAGGACCCGGUUUGACGAAGUCUGUUCUUUCUCAGUUGACCCAGUUAUUUCUAACAGUUAGACUGGAGUGUCCAUCAUAUGAGGGUCCCAGACUCCUUCCAAAGUACUGUGUCAAGUCUUUCCGUAUACCAGACAGUUCCAUUGAGUCUUUGGUAGAUACUCACCUCUACAACAGUGUAAAGGCUGGCCUGAUCGACCUCUUGGGCGCCCGGAUAUAUUUUGCCUCUCAUGUGUUGACACCAUACUGCUAUAAUCUAGAUAUUGAGAUUAAACUUGACGAAGAGGGAUUUGUAUUACCAGCUAAUAGAUAUGAAGAGGUGUACCAAAGAAUAGCUCUCUGCAUUGAUGAUCAAAAAAGAUUUUGCAACAACAGUCACAAUCUCCUUGGAAAAGAGGCCAUUAAGCAAAGGCACCUAGAGCUGCUUGGUUAUGAAGUUGUGAAGUUGCAACAUGGCAAUCCCAAAGCGAAGAAAGAAAACGCAGACUUGUCCAGCUAUGUGGGAGGGAACCAAGAUUCCAUUUUUUGAGUUUGAGUCAUUGAACAGAUGUGACAGAAUGGAAUACCUGCACAAGAAAAUUUUUCCUAAGUCUUAUAGGCUCAGCUGGUGAUUAAAAGAAAACCUAAAUGAUGCUGAAAUAUCUGUAGACUUAAAAAAGUUACUAUUUUAAAAAAUGUUGGACUUGGUAAGCUGCUAUGAUUUAAAAAAUAAUUCUGAAUAUCUUGUUUUCUGGCUCAGUCCUCUAGUGAUACAAAAGGAGAAACUGCCAAAGUAUGAUAAAAUGCAACUAAGUUAAUUUUUUAUUGUGACUGUACUCCUAACAAAUAAAACUGGGGAAAACCCCCAGAGAGAAUUAUCGUUGGAAAUGUAUUGAGAUUAUUUUUCAGAUUAUUUACUGUUAAAGGAUGUUUGAAUUUGUGACUCCUGAGAGUUUAACGUCAUUAAUUGACAUUAAACAAAUAACUUGAA